CAGGCACUAAAGUCAAUGGCGUUACUAAUAAUAUGCCUAUUCGAAUGGAAGACUAAAUUACAAAACCAUCGCUGAAGUACUCUGGGUAUUAGUGAUGAAGAUAAGAAAUCGCCGUAUUAGACCGCCAGUGUCUGAAGACCCUCCGUCAUCCUGUGGGCUCCGGAUCUCGAGCGCCCAGGUUGACUGUUACUGCCGAUUGCAGGGCUAUCGUACUGAUAUCAAAAGGGAGUCCAUUUGCUCCCACUGUUGAGGACGAAUCAGCUACUUGCGAAAGGGCGAUUGCCUCGCUAGAGGUGGUCGAAGCUGCUGGAGUCGAAACGGCCUCUGGAGACGAUGCAAGGGCCGACGAGGCGACAGGCAAGCUUUCUGUCGCAAUGGCGGACGAGCUGUCCGCAGACGAGGCGAUACUACUCGAUGCUACCGAAGAGGCGGCUUCUGCCAGGGCGGAACUCGACGAAGGUUCAGCCACCGAGGCUACAGAGGAGCUGAAUCCUACGAGAGAUGUCGAUGCGGCAAUGAUAGUCGAAGUUGAACCUAAUGCUUCAGGGGAAAGCCCGAACCCAGACGACGCUGCUGCGGCGGCGGAGGCCUCGGAGGCCACGGUAGCAACAGUCAAUAGAGUCGACAUAGCUGGGGUUACGGCUGUCAUAGCAGAGUAUGAUGCCACCUGGAACGGUUGCGCAGCGUUGGGUUGUGCAUCAAAGCUUCCCGCUGGGCACAAGCACUGGCACGUGCACAUGCUGUUGUCUGCUGAGAGAACUGUCGAGGGUUGCACCACCGUGACUGACGGUAGUGCUAGAGCGGAGUCCGUGAGGGCCGUUACCGCGGCUGCUGAUUCAACAAGAGACGCAGAUGAUUCCACGGAAGAUGCGAGAACGAAGGGAGCUGUGGCUGCGGCGCUAGCUUGACAGAU